AUGUCAAUCACUGGGCUCUUCUUCCUGCCCGUGCUGGCCAACCAACCCUCCCCAUCCUCCAGUUUAAUCUCCCACAUCUCGCGCUCACAGACAGCACAACCACUUCCAGCAUUUUUCCUCGACCAUCGACUCUUUGUCGACACAUCGUCUCUAUUACCAAAUGCAGACCCAUCUCUCCGCCGCUUCACCAGCAUCCUAGCCCUCUCACACACAUCCGCAAUCGCUUACCUAGGAACAUCCCCGCCUCGAGAUGCAUCCAAACCCCCCGCCGCCGCCGCCGCCGCCGACAAAGAACAGCAAAGCCAGACAUCGACACCUACGAUAAUCACUAUACCCUCGUCGGCCACCGAGUCAUUCACCCAACUAGUCGGCACGAAACUCCAACCUCAAUGGGCACAUAGACAGUCCCUGGUUGUUGAAAAUGGCACAUCCCUCUCUAUGAAUAAAGGCGAAUGGAUAGUUCGUAUUGGCGACGUCAAGAUCCCGAGUCGACAAAACCAGGCCGGGCCUAAUCUGCGAGGCACGUUGAUUGAAGUGUCUCGUGGUGUCGAUGCGUCUACAGAAUUAAAAGAAGGGUCCUUAUUGACACAGGAAGACGAGUUAUUGAUCCGCGAAUUUCUCGCUUCUCUCAUUCAAGAAACUGGUGUCAAGUUGGAACAAAGUCGAGCCAUGUUUCGAAGAAUCGCCACCGGGACUGGAGCAGGAGUCGGAGCAGAUGUCGUGAGGCCGCUUGAUCAACCUGACUUUGCACUGGCUGCGCUCUACAUGGACAUGCUUAGAGGGUCGAGGGGUUGAAAGGGCCCGGGCCACUGCCGACUUUUCAUUCCACGAAUAGCCUUUGGUGGACGGACGAUCAGAAUAUUGAGCCUGUGUCCUUGGUGGCAGUCCAGAAACAGGACAUCAACCUUGACUGGAUGCCAAAUACUGCCUAGUUAGCAGAACAGGCGCCAUGAUGUUGCUAACAAACUCCACGGGAAGCGGAAGGAGGGCGGCCCUUGACAGCUGGGGUAAUGGCCCGCCAACUGAGGGCGUUGGCUCUUCUAUCAGAGAGACGAAAUAUACAAUGCGACUUCAGGGUCCCGCUCCCCGCCGCACACCAGCUAUCGUUUCUCCAGGGAGCCACAGUGGGCAAACUGUCCAAGAGUCCGACGACGAGGUAUCCAGAACCUAGGCUAACUCCCGAGUUGUGCAACUUGAUCACACUCUUCCAACUUGCAAACUCAUUGGUAUAUUAAUAUGCCUCCAUUGUCCAAAGUCCUAGGCUAAAAAGUCGAUAUUGUGUAUCUUAUGUACAAGCUGCUCUACACAAGGC